AUGCAGCCCACGUCUCUCUCUCUCCUACGCCUCUAUCCCUCUUUUGGACCUUGUGAAAUCAACUUUCCCCUAUUGAAGUGGUGCAGGAAAUCCUUUUCCUCUGAACCUAAUUGGUGUUAUGCUGAAAGAGUGAAAGAGAUUGAGAUGGUUGUUUGUCCUUGGACUAAACCCACAGCAACCUUAAAACAUCGUCCUCCCACCAUUGUUGGACCAAAACAUCACCACCUCACCUCCUUUCCCCUCCUUCUCAUUGAAUUACUGUCAGGAAACGAAGAGGAAAUCAAGAGCAGUCGAGGACUGCCACCCUUAUACCACAUUUGUGCCAUUCAGCACCACCAUAGGCCGCCACCAGCCUCCACCAUUUAUGUUUCCCGUGGGCUGCCAACGCUAAACACAACACCCCACCACCCGCCUACAACGCCGACCCAUUCCGCCGUCACCACCCGAUGCCACCUAGGCCGCUGCUACUGUGAAGAAUCCAACCACCGUCAGCCACUGAUUUCGAUCACCAUCGACUUCUCCUUCCUCCCUUGUGUAAUUCCCGUCGAGUGUAAGCCAAAACGAAGCAGCAGAAGGCCGCCGGAGCAGCCUCCUGCCACUACAGUCACCAACCUCUUGAUGCCACCACCAUCUUCUGCCAUUGGUAAUUUAAAUAUACCCGGUGGUUCGUUUUAAGAACGAGGAACGUCACGUAACAAAACUCACGAUAAGAUCUACACCUCGAGCCUCGUUCACGCUUCAAGUGAAAUCAGUGAACCAGCCUUUAACAGAAGAUUUGUUCAUGGAUUUUCGGGCAAUCUAGUCUCAUUUAGUUUUUGUUAUGUCAGCCUACUUGUUAACACGAAUUUAUGAACCUAUUAAUAUAUGUAUGAACCUUGUAUUCGAAAUUUAAACUUGAAUGUAACUGCUAUGUUGUUAUUGUUGUAACUUGUGAUGUAUAUUCAAUUUGCUUGGGAUCCAUGAACUAAGUCGCACAGCCCGGCGUAUUCCGCCGCCUCGAUCGGGGGUGUGACAACAUGAGGGGGUACACAAAGCAAUUGAGGAGGUAUCAACGUUUUGGAAAAGAAGAGCUCGGAUUGAUCGCAAUGAACACACCUAUGAUUUCCACAAUGAUUGAUUUUGGGAUAAACUCUGAUAAAUGAUUUACUUAACGAUGAUUUGGAAUGUAUGAAAUAAAUGAUGACAACGAAAUCUACCUCCGGUGAAGAAGCAACAACAGGUAAAAGGAUCCGAUGACUGUGGGGAAGCUACCAAACUGGUUCAAAACUUGUGUCUCUUCUCCGUAUCUUUUUUCGCGAUCCACCAUCAAUACCAUGCAUACACCACCAUCAACCGAGAACAACAACCGCCACAAUCAACCUUCAGCCACCAUCGACGAUAUCACCCGACUCAAGCCC